AUGUCGCGCCGCAUGACCAACCUCGACAUCGUGAGGGAGGGCGACACGUUCCCGUACCGCAGCCAGGAGCCGGAGGCGCUCGCGGCGCUGACGGCGCGGCUGCACACGCUCGUCGCGCCGGGCGGGCAGCCGCUGGGCUACAUGCUCGACGAGGUGGUCGCGCAGCUCGUCGCGGUGCCCGAGGCGGUGCGGGGCGCCGUCGUCGUCGACGCGGGCGCGCGCACCGUGCGCGCCUUCGAGCAGGCCAGCGAGCCGGAGCGCUCGGCGCGCGUCGCCGCGCUGAUGCGCCACUGGCGCGAGCGGCGCGCCUUCGCCAUCCUGCGCGGCUGGCGCGACGAGCCCUGGCCCGUCUACGGCGCCGGCGGCCGCCUGCUCUACACCGUCGAGCGCAGCGCCACCGGCCUGCUCGGCGUCGCGCGCUACGGCGUCCACAUGACCGGCUACGUCCGCGACCCGGCCGCGAGCCGCGGCCUCCGCCUCUGGGUGCCCCGCCGCGCCGCCUCCAAGUCCACCUACCCCGGCAUGCUCGACAACACCGUCGCCGGCGGCCUCGUCGCCGGCGAGGACCCCUUCGCCUGCGUCGUGCGCGAGGCCGACGAGGAGGCCGACAUCCCCGCCGCGCUCAUGCGCGAGCGCGCCCGGUUCGCCGGCCAGAUCACGUACAUCCACAUCACGGACGAGCGCGCGGGCGGCGAAGCUGGUCAGAUUUACCCCGAGACGCAGUGGCUCUACGAGAUCGAGCUACCGGCCGGCUUCCGCCCGACGCCCAAGGACGGCGAGGUCGCCGAGUUCUACCUGCUGACGGUCGAGGAGGUCCAGGAGGAGCUCGCCCGCGGCCGGUUCAAGCCCAACUGCGGCCUCGUCCUGCUCGACUUCUUCAUCCGCCACAAGAUCCUCACGGCCGAGAACGAACCCGACUACGCCGAGAUCGUCCAGCGGCUCCAUCGAAGGCUGCCAUUCCCGGGCCCGUCUUUGUCGCCGAGUAAUUACAAAAACGAAAACCAAGACUAAGCCACCUCGUACUCUCUCGUGCUCAUGCAUUACCUUGCCUUUGCCCAACCGAGACUGUCUUUAUCGCCCGUUUUUAUAGCAUAGCUAGCCCUCCGCACGCUAUAAUAAUAGACCAGUCGCAGCUCGCGUCCAUGCUCCGCUGCCACCAAAACGCGUGUCUAUAUGUAUAAUGCCCUGCACUGUGUCCCGCCCUCUGCGUCUUCGUAUCCCUAGAUCCAACCCCGCACUAAUCCGUAGUCUGCCGUGAAUUCGCGAGUCGAGGUUAAGAUGUCGCGGAGGAGGGGAAUAGAUAAUACGACGAAGGCGUAUUUUCGUCGAUGGGCAUGCCGCUUCAUUUCUUGAUGAGGAGGUAGGUGUUGUCGACGUGUAGCGGGGUGAGCUUCUUGUAAGGGCCCUCGAGCAUCAUUAGAAGACCGCCGAAGGAGAUGUACGCGCGGCUAGAGCACGGCAAUAAUUGCGUUAGGACCGACGUGCCGAGAGACAGCAGCGAGGGUAAAAUAGAAAAGGG